AUGGCACUCUCACUGACUCCUAGCCAACGAAAUGCACAGGACAUCCGUUCCUUUGUCCCGACUCUUCACACAGAUGUAUACCCUGCCAUCGAUCCCAGCGCCAAAAGGCUUCCUCAACCGUUUACCGUGGUAGUCUUAGGAGGCAGCGGUGCAGUGGGCGGAGCACUGGCACGAUCGUAUGCGUUGGCAGGGGCAACGGGCCUUGUUCUAGCUGCGAGGAGAUUACCUGUUGUCGAAGAUGUGGCCAAAGAGGCGAAGUCGAUCAACCCAAGCAUCAAAACAUUAGCGAUACAGUGUGAUAUUGGUUCUGCCUCGGACGUCGCCUCUGUUGCCAAUGCCACCAAAGCUCAGUUCGGCAAUACCGUGGGAGCUGUGGUUGUCAACGCCGGGUAUACCGGUGCAAUGAAUAAUGACAUUACACUAGAGGGUGUCGAAGAAAUGGAAACUGCAUUUCGCGUUAACACGCUUGGCACGGCCUAUGCCGGUAAAUAUUUCAUUCCUCUCUUGAAUGAAUCCAUAAACACGACGCGGGUAUUCAUAGGGAUAAGCUCGAUGGCUGCUCCUAUUAUCAGUGGUCCAAUCGCGCAUAUUCACUAUUCCGCAAGCAAAUUUGCACAGGUCCGCGUUAUCGAAAUGAUCAAUGAGCAACAGGCGAAAAAGGGGUUAUUUGUGGCGAGUGUGCAUCCAGGAGGAAUCAAUAGCGAUUUUGCCAUUGGCAUGCCAGAGCAGUUGAAACACUUGCUGACAGAUUCCCCGGGCCUUGCGGGAGCAUUCUGUGUUUGGCUUGCCCAGAAUCAGGAGCGAGUGAAAGACUUGAGUGGUAGGUUUCUAUCGUCUAAAUGGGAUGUUGACGAGUUGUUGCAAAGGAUUGGUGAUAUUGUUGAAAACGAUCUACUCAAAGCACGGUUUUCUGUAUAA